GCUUUUGAAAAGGAAAAAUGUUUUCGCUAAUGAGAUGGAAAAGUGUGAAGAAGUGUCGAGUGCAUGCGAGAAAAGGGAGUUUCGCGGAAAAGUUUACGCCAAAGUUAGGAUGAGACGGUACAAGGCAAACGCUCGGGAAAGGAACCGAAUGCAUGGCUUGAAUGCCGCUCUGGAUACUUUGAGAAAAUGCGUCCCUCUCAAAGUGACCCAUUCAGAGAUCAAUUCGAGCCCGCAAAAAUUAUCAAAAAUCGAAACGUUGCGACUGGCUAGAAACUACAUAUCCGCCAUGUCGCAAACUCUUCACGAAGGCCGCUCUAUGGAUCUGGUCAGAUUCAUCAAAAUCCUAUCCCAAGAACUGAGCCAAACCACUGCGAAUCUCCUUCAAGGCACCUUAAUGAAAACCCUGAACACUUCCCCAUAUUGCAACAAUCCUGAUCAGGACUCUUAUGCAGAACCUGAUACAUAUUUUAAGAAAUAUGAUUAUUUCAAUAAUUGUGAGAACGAAAGCAGGCAUUUUUGUUGCUCCAAUUACUGCAACAACCGAUUAAGCGGUUAUGGAAUUUUGUACGGAAGACAUCGAAAUUAUGAUAACUAUUUCGGAUCGGGCAGUGAUAAUUACAGGGUCCCAAAUUAUUAUAAUAAUGCCAAUAAUUUGUGCUUUAGGUAGCUUUUCCGGAUUUUCCAGCAACAAUUUAUAACAAUUUAAUAAAGCGCUAAUGAAUUUGCGCACAAAAAUGUUUAUCGAACCCUAUUUUAGUGCUAAUGCUAUCAGCCCAUCGAUACAGAUUAGUUAAUUUAUGUAUUAGUUUUCUCAUAUAUUAGUUAGUCAAAUAUGGAUGUGAUCUAAUCAGGGUUUAUUGCUUAAGGCCAACUUCUAUUUAAUAAAGUUUUUGUGUUUUGUAGAUAAGUUUUGUGGAAGUUUUGGCAGAGUUUGUUAUUUAAAUGCAUUGAACUGGCAGGUAAAAUGAGCUAGAAAUUUCAUCAGAAUUCCUCCAAUUGUUGCCGUUCUUAGCUGCAGUUGUUCACUGAGUUUAAUAAAAAGAUUUACUAGUGCAUGCAAA